AUGACGGUAUUUACACGGGUAGAAUCCUUUCCAAGCAAAGCGAGUCCAACCAUCGUAGAAGACACCCCAGGGAAAGCCUUCAAGAUGGAGCUGUUCUUUCAAAGGAAGAAAUCCCACCAGACUGUGGAGAUCCAAUGUGCAAACUUUCGUUCCGCCGGCACAACAUUACUCGCAUAUGGUGUACGAGCCUGUUAACGGUAAUAGCUUGUAUGCAGCGCAAGCUGUUCGGUGUGAUAUGUGAAGUCCUGUAUAGCUAUAGAGACUCUUUAGGAAUCAUAGUCCUACCAAGUAAAUCGAUUCGCCAAAAUCGCUACUCUCUCAAACUUGAACUCGCGGGCAACUUUGAAAGCCUCCUCGGCUCGGAACAAAAAUUGAACAAGACAGCAAGUCCAACACGAAUGAUUGACGAGUUUGGUUUGUGAUAGUUCCUGACUGUUUACGGGCCGGUAAUCUGCGUGCAGCACGAAACAAUCCCGGUUCGGAUUUAUUAUCACGUUACGCAACACCGCGGCAAUUGUUUGAUCAAAGUUGAGAUUUUCGAACAAAUUAUUGUUCUAUUGUCUUUCGAUGUUUACCGCAGACUAGUAGGUAUACAGUAUGCACUUUUGGUUUAUAGCAAGCUAUGACCACAGAAAGUUGAUAAGAUAAGACGUUACACUUUGAGGAACAUCAGUUCUUGCCCGAACUUCUGCGAAGAAAGAAGUGAUUUGCAUAAUGAGUAUUGAAAACCAAUACCAGAUUUGGGAAAGCAACGAAGAGAUCCGACUCUUCCGGGAAUACCUCAAGAUUCCCAGCGUGCACCCGGAUGUCAACUACGAUGAGUGCGUCGAGUUCCUGCGCCGUCAGGCGUCUUCCCUCGAUCUCCCCGUCGAAGUCUACGAAGUGAACCCAAGCAAACCCAUCGUAAUCAUCUCCUGGCAAGGUACCGACCCGUCAGCAACCUCCAUAAUCCUCAACUCCCACAUGGACGUAGUUCCGGUGUAUCCGGAACGUUGGACCUACCCCCCAUUCUCCGCCCACAUGGACGCCAAGGGACGAAUCUACGCGCGCGGUUCGCAGGACAUGAAGUGCGUUGGGAUGCAGUUCCUGGGAGCGAUCCGCGCGAUGAAGCGCGACGGAGUUCGCUUGAAGAGAACGCUGCACGUUACGUUCGUUCCGGACGAGGAGACCGGAGGUACGCUGGGGAUGAAGGAUUUCGUUGGGACGGAGCGCUUUCGGGCGCUAAACUGUGGCUUCGCGAUUGACGAGGGAUACGCUUCGACGGAUGGGACGUUCCGGCUGUGCAAUGGAGAGCGGACCAAGAGACGGGUUUAUUUCUAUGUUUCGGGAACUCCCGGUCACGGGUCGCUACUGUUGAGGGAUACGGCUGGUGAGAAGGCACGGAAGUUGAUCGACAAACUGAUGGAUUUCCGUAGUGGCGAGUUGAAGAAGCUGGAAGAUAACCCGGAGCUUUCGCUAGGUGAAGUAACCACUGUCAAUCUUACGAUGAUGUCGGGCGGCGUCCAAAGUAACGUAGUUCCACCGGAGCUGAUGAUCUGUUUCGAUAUUCGCGUCGCUCCAGAUAUCCCCGUCGAAGAGUUCGAAGCCCAGCUGGAGCGCUGGUGCGAGGAGUCCGGAGGUGGGAUUCGUCUGGACUACGGAGACAAGGAUCCGGUGGUGGCGCCGACCAAGCUGGAUGACUCGAACCCCUUUUGGGCACCCUUCCGGGCCGCCCUAGACGCCAUGGAUGUCAAAGUGAAGAUUCAAACCAUGCCGGGGAAUACGGACAUUCUGUUUGUACGGGCGCUGGGUAUCCCGGCGGUCGGAUUCUCUCCCAUGAGCAACACUCCGGUGUUGCUGCACGAUCACGACGAGUACCUGCAGGCUGAUGUAUUUCUUAGAGGGAUCGAGAUCUACCGGAAGGUCAUUGAGGGAAUUGCCAAUGUAUGAGAUUGUACUCACUUACUCAAAUAAAACAAUGUACACCAA